CAUAUAGCGGUGCGAAAUGUCGAGUGGAUUGCCGGAAAUCAAGUACUACGAGCACGAGCUCAACGUGCGCCAGAUCAUUGAGGACUCAAAGUUGCAGGAUCUGGACCAGGCCCUCAACAUCUGUGAUCUGUCCAGCGUGGAGAGAAAGUACCAGCUGUGGAAGAAGCUCCUGCCCAGGAUCAAGCCGUGCUAUGCCGUCAAGUGCAACGACGAUCCUGUGAUAGUAAAGUUGCUGGCCGAACUGGGAGCGGGAUUCGAUUGCGCCUCCAAGAAUGAGGUUAAACUGGCUCUAGGCUUCGAUGUCGCACCCGAACGCAUUAUAUUUGCCAACCCAUGUCGUCCUGUAAGUCAUCUGGAGUAUGCCAAGGAACACCGAGUGGCCAAUGGCACGGUGGACAAUGAGUUCGAGGUCUACAAGCUGCACAAGCACUACCCGGAGUCAAAUUUAAUUGUCAGAUUCAAAAGCGAAGCCAAGGAGGCACAAUGUCCUUUGGGAGACAAGUUUGGCUGCGAUGCGGAUGCAGAUGCCACGGCCUUAAUGUUGUUGGCCAAGUCUCUGGACCUGACGGUGACUGGUACCAGUUUCCACGUGGGAUCUGGUUGCAGCGAACUGGAGGCCUACGACCGGGCCAUCAAGAAGGCCAAGAACAUCUUCAAGUUUGGCGAACUUUUGGGUUAUGACAUGAAUUUAUUGGACAUUGGAGGCGGUUUUCCGGGCAGUGAUGAUGAAAAGUUUGAAAAGAUUGCAGAUAUAGUGAAUGCUUCAGUGGAGAAGCAAUUCCCAGACGAACGUGUUCAAAUCAUUGCCGAACCAGGAAGAUACUUUGUGGCGGCAGCUUUUACCUUGAUUUGUAAGAUUCAUGCCAAGAGGGAAGUUCGGAAUGAAGCUGGCAAGUUGGACACUGUGAUGUACUAUCUAAAUGAUGGUGUCUAUGGCUCCUUCAAUUGCAUAUUAUAUGACCAUCAAGUGGUUACUCCACAGCACUAUCUGGAUGAAUCUGAAAACUUGCCAACAUUCAAGUCUUUGAUUUGGGGACCCAGUUGCGAUGCUUUGGAUAAGAUAUCGGAGGACCUGCGUCUGCCCAACUUGAAUCGAGGAGAUCUUCUAGGAUUCCCCAACAUGGGGGCUUAUACCAUGCCCAUUGCCAGUCCUUUCAAUGGUUUUGAAGUUCCCAAGACCCUGUACUUCCGAGCCAUACAAAUAUGACUAAACCAAGAUUCAAAGAAAAUAAAAGAAACAAUAUGUUGCAUUUGUAA